AUGGCGGCCAACGCAGCUUCUCAUGUCGACCAAGGCUCUCUUGCUGCAAUAUUCAACUCCAGCGUGGAUCCUAAUACCGCUGUAUCGCAACCAACACUGCAAUGUGUCCAAGUCAAGCCUUUGGUUGGACAGCAAGGCGCUCCAGAGCGCUUCAGAGUUGUUUUCAGCGAUAUCAACAAUUUCGUGCAGAGCAUGCUUGCCACUCAAGCAAACCAUGUGGUUCAUGAUGGCAAGCUUCGGAAAGGCUGUUUCGUAAAGUUAAAGUCAUACCAGGCGAAUCAGGUGAAGGGGAAAAGAAUUAUUAUAGUCCUUGAUCUCGACGUCCUACAAGAGCUUGGAGAAUGUGAUAAGAUCGGCGAACCGAAGGCAUUGGAAUUCAAGGCAGAAGAUGACACCAAGCCGCAAUCAACCACUAUUGCCACCAAUGGAUUCUACGGAAACAAGCCAGCUCAGCAACAAAACCAGCAGCAAUCUCUACCCUCGAGGACAAACGCAACCUCAUCAGCUUCACACGCCACCAUCUAUCCAAUCGAGGCACUGUCUCCAUACGCACAUAAAUGGACUAUCAAGGCUCGGUGUACCAGCAAGCCUCCCAUCAGGACAUGGCAUAACAAAAACGGCGAGGGAAAACUCUUCAGUGUCAACCUGCUGGACGAGAGCGGGGAGAUUAAGGCUACUGGGUUCAAUGAUCAAUGCGAUGCGCUAUUUGAUGUUUUCCAGGAGGGUCAAGUCUACUACAUUACCAGUCCUUGUCGAGUCAACAUGGCCAAGAAGCAAUUCUCGAACGUCAACAACGAUUACGAGCUAUCCUUCGAGCGUGAUACGCUGGUUGAAAAGGCCGAGGAGCAAAACGGUGUUCCGCAGAUACGCUUCAACUUCACCAACAUCGCCGAUCUCCAAACCGUCGAAAAAGACACAACUAUCGAUACAAUUGGUGUCCUCAAAGAGGUCGGAGAGACUUCCCAGAUCAUCUCCAAGACUACAAGCAAGCCGUACGACAAGCGCGAUCUCACCCUUGUUGAUAAUACCGGGUACUCUGUGAAACUAACGAUAUGGGGUGAUACGGCCCAAAAGUUCGACGUGAUGCCCGAGUCUGUUGUUGCUUUCAAAGGCCUCAAAGUUUCUGAUUUUGGAGGCCGAAGCUUGAGUCUGCUCAUGUCAGGAUCUAUGACAAUAGACCCGGAUAUAGAUGAAGCCCACAAACUCAAAGGUUGGUAUGACGCUCAAGGCAAGAAUGAUACAUUCAUGUCUCAUCAAGGGAUGGGCUCUGUGGGCGCAGCUGGUGGACGAAACGAGGCGACGAAGUCAAUUAUGCAGGUCAAGGAAGAGAACCUCGGCAUGUCAGAAAACACGGAUUACUUCACUACAAAGGCGACGAUCAUUUACGUGAAGCAGGACAACGUCUCAUAUCCUGCGUGUCUGUCGGAAGGCUGCAACAAAAAGGUUCUCGAGGUCGAGCCUGGACAAUGGCGAUGCGAGCGCUGUGAUAAGGCUCAUCCCAAGCCGGAGUAUCGAUAUAUUAUGUCGAUUAAUGUCAGCGACUACACUGGUCAACUUUGGCUGAGUUGUUUCGACGACGUAGGGAGGAUGAUUAUGGGCAUGAGCGCGGAUCAGUUGAUGGAGCUGAAGGAGAACGACGAGAAGGCGGCUGGAGAUGCUUUUCAAGAAGCAAACUGCAAGACUUUCAUGUUCAAAUGCCGAGCGAAGAUGGACAGUUUCCAGGACCAGCAAAGGUCCUUCAGGGUCAAUCUCGCAAAUCCCGAUCCGCAAGCGCUGCAGCAAUGGCAGAAACAAUGCGAGCAGUCGGCAAACAUCAAAAACCGCACCGGCCCCGCAACUUCCCUCUUCAUCAACCCCUCCACCCCAAAACCUAUACCCAAACCCACCGAUGCUAUUGUCAAAAUAAAAUGCUUCGGCCUCAAUCGUAUGGACUUACUCCAACGCGAAGGCCAUUACCCUGUCCCACCUCAAGCGCCCAAAACUUUAGGCGUCGAGUUUUCGGGCACGAUUGAGAGCUUUGGAAGCGAUGCGGAGCAGGGUUUCAACGUGGGAGACGAGGUUUUUGGGUUGGCGUAUGGAGGGGCGUACGCGGAGUAUAUUGCUGUAAGCACGCAUAUGUUGAUGCACAGGCCGAAGGAGUUGAGUUGGGAACAGGCGGCUGGGGUCCCCGAGACCUGGAUCACAGCUACUCAGGCCAUGUACCUGGUGGGCGGCUUCGCUCCAGGCAAGUCGAUAUUAUGGCACGCCGGCGCAUCGUCAGUGUCAAUAGCAGGAAUCCAGCUGUCAAAAGCCGAUAAGGCUUCCGCAAUCUACGUUACUGCAGGAUCUCAAGAGAAGAUCGAUUUUUGCAUCAAAGAGCUCGGCGCAACAGCUGGCUUCAAUUAUCACACGCAAGACUGGGCGAAAGAGAUCCUAAAAGCAACAGAUGGCAAAGGCGUCGACGUCGUCAUUGAUUUCAUCGGCCAAAGUUACUUCCAAGGAAACCUUGAAGUUGCAGCACGGGACGGGCGUAUCGUGAAUCUAGGGGCCAUGAGCGGCACCAAACUCCCUGCUGGCGUGGACAUCGGAGCUUUUGUAAGGAAGAGGAUCAGGUUUGAGGGAAGUAGCUUGCGGAGUCGGGACGAAGAUUAUCAGGGGAAGCUUAGGAACACGCUGGUCGAGCAUGUGGCUCCAAAGAUGAAGGACGGGAGUUUCAAGGUGCUAGUGGAGAAGGUAUUCCCGUGGGAGGAUAUCGUCCAAGCGCAUCAGUUGAUGGAGACUAAUAAGACGAAGGGGAAGAUUAUUUGUAGAAUAGGCUAG